AUGAGCGCGACGACGGGCUACGACGCCGCCUUCGCUUCGGCGGGCACAUCACUUGCCCCGGCGCCUCUCGACGAUGGCGAUGCCAUCAUCUCCGGCAAAGCUGCACGCGCAAGCAUACCUGGCCUCGAGAAUGCAUCUCACCCAUCAGCACUCACGCCGCUGCGAGCUCACUACCUCAAAAAGACGCUCAUCCGUUUGCAGAUGGAAAGGGAAGUCGCUCAGCUCAGCACCAAGGACGCCCUCUCCACCUUUGGCCCCCCCUUCCGCGCCUCACCAGAAGCUCGAAGAACCGAUCUGCCGCUACUCCGCUUCAUGUUUCAGCAUUUCGUCCUCACUUUUCCCUUCCUGCGAUCAGCGCCCUCCAACUUCUUCGCAGACAAGGUGCAGGUCUUCUUUGACAAGUUUCUCGAACGCAACAUCAGCGGUACCGACGAUCGAGACGAAUCUACGAAGCGACGCAGACUCACCAACAAGCUCGAAAAGUACUUUGUGCUCCUCAUGGGCUCGGCCAUCAAGGUCAAAGGCAUCGGCGAAGAUGUCGUUCGCAUAUCCGAGAGAGACCGCACAAAGAUGGAUGCCGUCGAAUCGCGUCGCAAGGCUGCUUUGGGCAGAGCCGCGGGUUCUCGCAGAGAUAGCGAAGACGACGCAGCUGGCUCGUCUGGCUUCGACAUCAAUGUCGUCUCAGUCCGCAACGUGGUGACGAAGGGAAGGAUCCGCAGCCGUGCUCACGAAGAGUUUAUCAUCCGCACACGGAGAGGCUAUGGCCAGCCCGACAUCUACGUCUCGCGCCGAUACGGCGACUUUGCCAAACUUGCAGAGACGCUCCGGGUGGAAUACCCGGACGAGGGAAUCCGACCGCCACCAGCCAAGGACCGCAGCAACACAGACGUAGCCGAUCCAUAUCGCAAAACACCCGCAGAUGCAGCAGCGACGCACUCAAACGAUGGCCACGCAGAUCCACGGGGCUCAACAGAGUCUACCGGUUCGCAGUCGCGCAUCGCCAUGCCAACCGGUCCGCUCGCCAGAGAAAAGAAUCGUCUCACACUGCGAGCCUAUCUGCGCUCGCUUCUUGCCAGUCCAUCCGUAGCCGAAAGCGCGGUCCUCAUGGACUUCCUCACAGCCGAACCCACCCGGCUCACCCCUGCCGAGGAGGAAGACGCAGCCAUCCGAGAAGGCCUCGACCACGUUCGUGAAGAAGAGCACAAGCGUUUCUCAGACGAAGCCGCUAGACGUGCGCAAGAGCUGCAGGCGCACCUCAAAGAAUUCAAGCAGGACUUGGUACAGCACGACGGCCUCACCCGCAUCUUUGCUACCAUCAAAUCCACACCGCGCAUUGAGGAUCUUCCCGAAAAGUACAAAGCGCUGGUCAAGUGGUCGCGCAUCAGCCUUGCCUCCACCAUCUUCCACAUCUUUAUGGGCAGCGACAACUCGUCCGAGACCUUUUCGCAGAUGAAACGCAUGCACGGCAUGAUGCCCUACUUCAUGCUCCGCGGCAUCCUCCGCAUAUCCAAUCCCAUGCUCAUGGUGCGAGGCGUGCUCGACAUCUUCCUCGCCCGACCUUUCGGCUCGCAGAGUCUUUUGCAACGCAUGUUCUCGAGCAGUCUGCAGGACGAGGUGCGCGAACUGGACGAAGUGUGUACUGCCAUCACGACCAAGGUGGACGAUGCAACCAUCUGCGAAAAGGUUCGCCAGUUCGUCUAUGCGCCCGCCGAGGUUCAGGCCAUGUAUCGCAAGGAUGCAGAGGAGGAGCGUCUCGAUCUGCUUACCUGCAUCCUACGCUCGCCCGAAGCACCCGCUCUUGACAGGUCCCAGAUCCACCGUGUCGUCAGGGCAAGUCAAGCCUACGAGGUGUACAAGGAGUACCGAAGAGGCCUCAAGAACCCUGACCUGGAAGACGAAGGUCCUCAGGACGACGAUGCCUGGCUGUACGAAGAUCUGCACGUGCUCGUCAAGAUGCUCACUCGCAAACGCGACAAGGAGCAGAUGAUCUCGCUCAUCUUUGAGGGCGUCACCGCCGAGCUGCUUAAGGACAUGGUCACCAUCUUCUACUCUCCGCUCGCCCAAGUGUACAAGCUAGCCAACAUCGCCGACAGCCUGUCGGAUCUGCAAGCGUUCAUCACCGACCUCAUCAAGACGGUCGAGGCCAACGAACAGCUCAGCUACACCGACCCGACACGGACCGUUCAGGUGUUUGUUGACCUGGUCGAGAGGCACGAGGGGCGCUUCUACAACUUCGUUCACCAGGUGCAUUCGAAGGGCUCUGGCUUGUUCGACGGGCUCAUGCACUGGAUCGAGCUUUUCAUCAAUUUUGUUCGUGGCAAUGAGCGGUCCGCGGAGGCAGUUUCGCAAUCCCUUGGCAGAAACUCUGCUGCUGACCAGGAGGUGGGCAAGCUGGGAGGCAUCGGAGAGGUCGAUCUGGAGAUCUGUCUGCCUGCGGGAGGCGAUGAGCGCAAGAAGGCGCUCGACGAGAUCGACUCGCUGGUACUGUACGCCUAUCGACUCAAGUUCCUGCGCGAGCUCAAAUUGCGUCGCAAGCUCGCAGAUCGCGAAGUCGCCGGUGUCGCAGGCAAGCUGAUCGGCGCCGAGAAGAAUCGAAGAACCGACGGUCUGACCGAGGAGGACGACUCGGCCUUCGUCGGCGCCAUGGUCGACAAUUUGGGGGUAGGCGACAUCUUUACCGGAGAAGUGGCGGACGCCGAAGCGGAAGAGGACGAACUGGAGACGUCGGACGAGGACGAUUCGGACGAUGAGACGCAUGCGCUCAGUGCGGCCAAGGAUCGCAGGUUCUCGUCGAGCGACAGCGAAGUGUCCGCAGAGGAGGAAGAAGGAGAAGCGGCGCCGCGAUGGAGACCGACACCAUCUCGUCAGACCACUCUCACGCCUGGCAACAUGGCGCACGCCAACAAGGACCUCCCCUCGCUGCCCCACAACGGCGUCGACGGAGAGAAGAGCAAGAAGCGUCGCAAGAUUCCCGCUCCCAAGGCGCCCGAGCUCAAGGUGCUGCCGGAAAUGCUGCCGCUCUUUGUCGAGAUGGUCCGACCUCUGCUCCGCCCAGCAAGGACUGCGAGCGGGACGACUCACCGUUCGGCCAGCUACGAUCCGUUCGUCGCCCAGGUUGGCGGACAACCACCCGCCCUGCGAAUGCCGCCCACGGCAGCUGGCGGAGGAAGCGGUGCCGAUCGACUGGCAGCAGGAAUGCAAGGCAUGGACCUGGCGUCGACGCAAUCUCCGACGUCGUAUGUGUCUUCGCCGUUUUCAACGCCGAGAGCGGACGGCAAUCAGGGCAGCCGAGGUCAGCGUUCGGACCGGCUGCCUGGCGAGUAUCAGUGGUGA